UCGCCCGCUCGGGAUAAUCUCGUACACGUGUAACUUACAUCAUCUCGCGUCUCGUGUAUUUUUAUAUGUCGGCGAAAGUACGGCGUUAACUCAGUUCAACUCACCUUGAGGCCCCCUGAUCAUUGGAAAAGGCCCAGAAAGUCACUGAAACGAUGUCUGACGAUAAAAAGGUUGUGUUGGCAUACAGCGGGGGUCUGGACACAUCCUGCAUCUUAGUGUGGCUCCGUGAACAAGGCUACGAGGUGAUCGCAUUCCUGGCAAACAUCGGGCAAGAUGAAGAUAUGGCAGCAGCCAAAGAGAAAGCAACCAAACUCGGAGCAAUUAAGAUUUUCAUUCCGGAUGUGCGCGAAGAGUUUGUGGUGGACUUCAUCUGGCCAGCAGUGCAAGGUGGCGCCAUCUAUGAGGAUCGCUACCUGCUGGGAACGGCGCUGGCCCGACCGUGCAUUGCUCGCAAUAUGAUCGAGGUUGCUAAGGCGGAAGGUGCCAAGUACAUUUCUCACGGAGCGACGGGCAAGGGAAAUGAUCAGAUACGGUUCGAGUUGGCUUGUUACGCCCUCUAUCCCGAAGUGAAGGUACACAUGAAAUUCCUUAUCUCUAGUGGAAUCUGAGUAGUGAAUGUAAACCAGGGUGUUAGCCAGGAAAAAAAUCAGGGAGUCUCACCAAUGGAACCAUACACGUCACAUGUCAACGUAAUGCACAUCAGCUAUGAGUCCGGUAUACUGGAGAACCCGGACACGGUUGCCCCCGACGACCUGUACCAGAUGACGCGUGAUCCCCGCACGGCACCCGACACCGCCGACCGGGUCAAGAUCGAGUUCAAGGACGGCGUGCCGGUCAAGGUCACAAAUCUUGGCGACGGUGUGGAGAAGAAGACCCCGCUGGAGAUAUUCUCCUACUUGAACGAGCUUGGGGGGAAGCAUGGUGUUGGAAGACUUGACAUCGUAGAAAACCGAUACAUCGGGAUGAAAUCCAGAGGUAUAUAUGAGACCCCUGGUGGCAAAAUAUUGUAUGAUGCCCACAUGGACUUGGAGGUAUUCACAAUGGACAGAGAAGUUAGGAAGAUCAAGAAGUUGUUGUCUCUGCAGUUUGCUGAACAAGUCUAUAAUGGAAUGUGGUACAGCCCUGAGUGCGAGUAUGUCCGCAGCUGCAUAGCAACAAGCCAGGGCUGCGUUGUUGGCACGGUAACGCUGGCCCUGUACCGGGGAGGCGUGUACAUUGAGGCGCGCAACUCGCCUAUCUCGCUCUACAACCAGGAGCUGGUCAGCAUGGAUGUGCAGGGUGACUACGACCCCAUCGAUGCUGCCGGCUUUAUUCGCAUCAACGCCCUGCGCCUGAGGGAGCACCAACGCGUGCACAAGUAACAAGCUACAAGCAACAAGCUCUCAACCAUUCCAAACCUUGCGCACAAGGUAUGGCUGAUGGCUUGCGCUGCCGUCUGUUCCUUAGGUUGCAGUGAAAAUCGUCUUUCAUGGUGGUUUGUGUUUGGUACGUUUUAAUUCACAAGCUAAGAAUAGGUGCUACUUAAUUUACGUGGUGUGGACAUUUAUCUGUGGUGAUUUUUUAUAACAGAUUUGAAUAAAGGUAUAUCAACUUUAUAUAUAUAUAUAAAAAUAUA